AUGGCGACUCCUCAGCCCCCGGCACCGUUUGGUGGAAGCGCCGUUGUUGCUCGCGCGGUCCAGCAGACCAAGGAGAUGAACACCGCAGAAACCACGUCCUCUCUGAGCGAACACGAAGAGAAGACGGCAUCCGUCACACCAGCUGAAUCGGAGGAAUUGCGACACCAAGAAAUCACGAAGCUCGCGCGCACGUUUUCGCAACUAUCACAGCAACAAAGCUCCGGCUCAUCGUCCGAUGCCAUUAAUACCUUCCUCGAUACUUCCAAGAACCCCGAGUUAGACCCUAGUUCGUCCGAUUUUAAUUCCCGGAAAUGGGUUCGCAAUACCCUGCAGAUGACCCGCGACCCUGACCGCUUCCCGCGUCGUACGGCAGGCGUAUCCUUCCAAAACUUGAAUGUCUUUGGGUAUGGCACGGCGGCUGAUUACCAGUUGAACUUCGCCAAUGUGUGGCUGAAGAUGAUAGAUGGGGCCAAACAUGCGCUGGGCCUAGGUAAGAAGGUGCGCAUUGAUAUCCUGCGCGACUUUGAGGGAAUUUUAGAGCAUGGGGAGAUGUUGGUUGCCUUGGGUCGACCGGGCAGUGGAUGUUCCACGUUUCUUAAGACCAUUGCUGGUGAGACGCACGGUCUCUUCCUGGGUGACGGAGUGGAUGUACAGUAUGAAGGUAUCUCGUGGGAUGAAAUGCAUAGUCGUUUCCGCGGUGAGGUCAUCUAUCAAGCCGAGACUGAGAUCCAUUUCCCUCAGUUGACCGCCGGCGAAACUUUGCUUUUUGCGGCUCAAGCACGCACUCCGAGUAAUCGACUUCCUGGCGUGACACGUGAUCAGUAUGCCCUGCACAUGCGAGAUGUGACAAUGGCCAUGCUUGGGCUUUCCCACACUAUUAAUACCAAGGUGGGAAAUGACUUCAUUCGUGGUGUCUCUGGAGGUGAACGAAAGCGUGUCAGUAUUGCCGAGACGACACUGUGUGGCAGUCCCCUGCAGUGCUGGGAUAACAGCACGCGUGGUCUCGAUAGUUCUACUGCAUUGGAAUUUGUGAAGAACAUUCGUCUGUCCACCGAUUACAGUGGUACCACGGCUGUCGUCGCAAUUUACCAGGCCAGCCAGUCCAUCUAUGACCUCUUCGACAAGGCAAUUGUUCUUUACGAGGGACGACAGAUCUACUUCGGCAAAGCACAGGAUGCGCGUCGCUUCUUUAUUGAUAUGGGCUUUGAUUGUCCCGAUCGACAAACCACUGCAGACUUCCUCACUUCUCUCACAAGUCCUUCGGAGCGCAUGGCUCGUCCAGGUUUUGAAAGCCAGGUUCCUCGCACCCCGGAUGAAUUUGCAGCUCGCUGGAAGGCGAGUCCCGAGCGGAAGACGCUUCUUCAGGAAAUCGCCGAUAAAAAUGCUCAGAACCCAGUUGGAGGUCGCCAGCUAGACGUAUUCAACCAAUCCCGUGCAGCCCAGAAAUCUAAGGGUUCACGCGCUGCCUCUCCGUACACCAUUUCAUAUUAUAUGCAGGUCAAGCUCUGUCUGUGGCGUGGAUUCCUUCGGUUGAAAGGAGACAUGAGCAUGACAAUCGCAUCUGUGAUUGGUAACGCGGUCAUGGGCAUCAUCGUCUCUACGGUCUUCUUAAAUUUGGAAGAUAACACGGGGAGCUUCUUCCAGCGUGGAGCGCUACUGUUUUUCGCGGUCCUGCUGAACGCCUUCGCUAGCGCUUUGGAAAUUAUGAUCUUGUGGCAACAACGGCCAAUUGUGGAGAAACACUACAAAUACGCCCUUUAUCAUCCGUCCGCUGAAGCUAUUAGCUCUUACAUCGUAGAGCUACCGUCGAAGAUAUUGAUUGCAAUAUUUUUCAACCUCAUCAUCUACUUCAUUCCACAUCUUCGUCGGACGGCUGGUCACUUCUUUAUCUUCUUUCUGUUCUCGUUCACCACGACCUUGGUCAUGUCGAAUAUUUUUAGAUGGAUUGGAGCUGUCUCACGAUCUAUGGCCCAAGCUAUGGUCCCGUCUUCAAUCUUCAUGAUGAUUCUAGUUAUCUACACUGGUUUUGCUAUUCCAACUCGUGAUAUGCACCCUUGGUUCAGGUGGUUAAAUUGGCUUAAUCCCAUUGCGUACGCAUUCGAAUCCUUAAUGGUCAAUGAAUUCAGUGAUCGGGAUUUCCCAUGUUCUUCCUAUGUUCCCCAGGGUCCACAUUAUGCAGAUGCCCCACUCAGCGCGACAAUCUGCAAUGAUAAGGGCGCGGUUGCGGGUCAAAACUUUGUUAAUGGAGAUGCGUAUAUCAACACCACAUUUGAAUAUUACAAGGAUCACAUGUGGCGCAAUUACGGUAUCUUGAUUGCGUUCUACAUUUUCUUCUUGAUCUUGUACAUUGUCACCAGCGAGUUUAUUCGAGCCAAGCCAUCCAAAGGCGAGAUCUUGGUCUUCCCUCGUGGCAAAAUCCCUGCCUUUGUGAACAAGGUUCGCAGCGGUGAUUCGGAAAUUGGACUAGCAGAGAAGGAGAACAUCGGUCAAUCUCAGGGUCAGACUGCAAAUCUUGCUAAACAGACCGCCAUCUUCCAUUGGGAGAAUGUUUGUUACGAUAUAAAGAUCAAAGGCAAGCCCCGUCGCAUCCUUGACGGCGUGGAUGGCUGGGUGAAGCCUGGCACGUUGACUGCCCUGAUGGGUGUGACAGGUGCUGGAAAAACCUCCUUGCUGGAUGUCCUCGCUGACCGAGUGACCAUGGGAGUUAUUACCGGUGACAUGCUCGUGGAUGGUAGGCAGCGCGAUCACUCGUUCCAGCGCAAAACGGGCUAUGUUCAACAACAGGAUCUCCAUCUCGAGACUAGCACUGUGCGCGAAGCACUCACUUUUAGUGCACUUCUCCGUCAGCCUCACAAGACCCCUUACAGCGAGAAGAUUGCCUAUGUUGAAGAGGUAAUCAAGAUGCUUGACAUGGAAGAAUACGCAGAAGCCAUUGUUGGCAUCCUAGGUGAAGGACUGAACGUUGAACAACGCAAGCGAUUGACAAUUGGUGUUGAGAUUGCGGCUAAGCCAGAUCUUCUAUUGUUCUUCGAUGAACCAACCUCUGGCCUUGAUAGUCAGACCGCCUGGUCUAUUUGUUCGUUGAUGCGCAAGCUUGCCAACCACGGCCAGGCCGUUCUCUGCACCAUUCACCAGCCGUCAGCAAUCUUGAUGCAGGAAUUCGACCGACUUCUGUUCCUUGCCAAGGGCGGCCGCACGGUGUACUUUGGUGAGCUGGGCUCCAAUAUGGAGACUCUGAUCAAGUACUUUGAGGACAAGGGGUCGAUUAGUUGUCCCAAGGAUGCAAAUCCUGCCGAAUGGAUGCUCGAGGUUAUUGGCGCCGCUCCUGGCUCCCACUCGGAUCGUGACUGGGCAGAUGAAUGGGUCAAUAGCCCUGAACGAGUUGUCGUUCGCGAGGAACUCACCAAGAUGAAACAAGAGCUCUCCCAGAAGCCGGUGGCGUCUGCAACCGCUGGGUAUGGAGAAUUUGCAACCCCAAUCUGGUACCAAUUCCUCAUCUGUAUUCGUCGGAUGUAUCAACAGUACUUCCGCAGUCCUGGAUACCUCUAUUCCAAGACUGCUAUGUGUAUCUUUCCGCCCCUGUUUAUCGGAUUCAGUUUCUGGCGUGAGCCUAACACUCAGCAAGGCCUGCAAAACCAAUUGUUUGCCAUUUUCAUGCUUCUCAUUAUUUUCCCCAAUUUGGUUCAACAGAUGAUGCCCAGUUUCUGCACGCAGCGUUCGUUGUACGAAGUUCGUGAGCGGCCUUCAAAAGCCUACUCCUGGAAAGCAUUCAUGCUUGCCAGUAUCUUCACCGAGCUACCAUGGAAUAUCAUCAUGGCCGUCCCUGUAUAUUUCUGUUGGUACUACCCGAUCGGACUGUACCGCAAUGCACCAGAGGGCACAACGAUGGAGCGGGGUGGGACCAUGUUCUUGAUCAUCCUGGUCUUCCUCAUGUUCUCCUCGACAUUCAGUUCGAUGAUUAUCGCCGGAAUUGAGCAGCCAGAGACGGGAAGUAAUAUCGCGCAAUUACUUUUCUCUCUUUGCUUGGUUUUUAAUGGUGUCCUCGCAAGUCCCACCCAAUUGCCCCGGUUCUGGAUCUUCAUGUACCGCGUCUCGCCAUUCACGUACCUGGUCUCUGCCGUCUUGUCCACUGGGUUGUCCGGUAGUAGUGCUCAUUGUUCGGAUAUCGAGCUCCUGACCAUCCCGCCACCUGCUGGACAGAACUGUUCCCAGUACCUGGAUUUCUACGCGACACAAUACCGUGCGACCUUGCUGAACCCGGAAGCGACGGAAAACUGCCAACUCUGUUCGAUCUCCACCACGGACGAGUUUCUGGCUGCUGUCAACAUCUACUUUAGCGAUCACUGGCGGAACAUCGGGUUGAUCUUUGUUUACAUUAUAUUCAAUGUUUUCAUGGCUGUGUUCCUCUAUUGGUUGGUUCGGGUACCAAAGAAUUGGUCCCGCAAGGUGAGGCAGAAGCAGGAGUGA